CGCCGGCGGCCGCGGGACUAGAACUGCCGCGCUGGCCCCGGGAGAGUCACCCUGUCCGCGUUGGUUGCAGAAGUGGCGAUGGCUUCGUUCGUGACAGAGGUUCUGGCACACUCGGGGAGGCUGGAAAAGGAGGAUCUGGGCACUCGGAUCAGCCGCCUGACCCGGCAGGUGGAGGAGAUCAAGGGUGAGGUGUGCACUCUGAUCAGCAAGAAGUACAGCGAAUUCCUGCCUAGCAUGCAGAGUGCACAGGACCUGGUGACCCAAGUGGAUAAGCUGUCUGAGGACAUUGACCAGCUGAAAUCCAGAAUAGAGAGUGAGGUCCGCCGGGAUCUUCAUGUGUCAACUGCUGAAUUUACAGAUUUGAAGCAACAGCUGGAGAGAGACUCAUUAGUUCUGAAUUUGCUUAAACAGCUGCAACAGUUUUCUUCUGCUAUUGAAGACUCUAAUUGUGCAUUAACAGAGAAAAAGUAUGUCACUGCUGCUCGGUGUCUGGAAGAGGCACAGAAAUGCUUGAAGUUACUAAAAUCCAGAAAAUGCUUUGACUUAAGAAUGUUGAAAUCUCUCAGCAUGGAGCUCACGAUACAGAAGCAGAACAUACUCUAUCACCUAGGAGAAGAGUGGCAGAAGCUGAUUGUCUGGAAGUUCCCACCGUCAAAAGAUACCAGCAACGUGGAAUCUUGUCUACAGACAGAACUUCAUUUAUGCAUUGAACAAUCUCAGAAAGAAGAGAAGACCCCUGGGCCGCCAAUCAGUUCGGUGCUCUUGGCAUUUUCUAUUCUUGGGGAGCUACAAACGAAGCUUAAAUCAUUUGGUCAGAUGCUGCUGAAGUAUAUCCUCAGGCCGCUGGCAUCUUGCCCAUCCCUUGAUGCUGUGGUGGAAAGCCAGCCUCACAUCAUUGUUAUUCGUUUUGAGUCUGUGAUGACUGACUUGGAACAUCCGUCACCUUCUGAAGUUUUUGCAAAGAUCAGACUAGUACUGGAAGUGUUCCAGAAACACCUUCUCGAUUUACCUCUUGAUACUGACCUAGAAGAUGAAAAGACGACUGAGAUCAUUUUGGCUGAGCUGCUUGGUGACGUGAUCUGGGAGGACUUGUCUGAUUGCCUCAUUAAACACUGUUUGGUGUAUUCCAUCCCGACCAACAGCAGCAAGUUACAGCAGUACGAAGAGAUCAUACAGUCCACUGAAGAAUUUGAAAAUGCCCUAAAGGAGAUGAGGUUUUUAAAAGGAGAUACUACUGAUUUGCUGAAAUAUGCCCGUAACAUCAAUUCGCACUUUGCUAACAAGAAGUGUCAGGAUGUGAUCGUGGCAGCUAGAACCCUAAUGACCUCUGAGAUUCACAACACUCUGAAGAUUACUCCUGAUUCUAAGAUAAGUGUGCCGGACCUACCCAGUCCUCAGAAGGAUGACAAGUCAGAAGUACAGAAAAUGUCCACCACUCAGUACAACGAGGUGGUGAAUUUAGAGCCUGAAAAUACAUUGGAUCGACAUUCCUUUUCUUUGCCCACGUGCCGCAUUAGCGAGUCAGUGAAGCAGUUAAUGGAACUUGCCUAUCAGACUUUAGUAGAGGCCACAACCAGCAGUGAUCAGUGUGCCGUUCAACUUUUCUACUCGGUGAGGAAUAUCUUCCAUUUGUUCCACGAUGUCGUGCCAACAUAUCACAAGGAGAACCUGCAGAAGCUGCCACAGCUGGCCGCCAUUCACCACAACAACUGUAUGUACAUUGCUCACCACCUACUGACCCUUGGGCAUCAGUUCAGACAGCGCCUGGCGCCCGUUCUUUGUGAUGGCACCGCCACCUUCGUGGAUCUGGUCCCCGGCUUCAGGAGACUUGGGACAGAGUGUUUUCUGGCCCAGAUGCGGGCGCAGAAAGGAGAACUUCUGGAAAGAUUAUCAAGUGCUAGAAAUUUUUCCAACGUGGACGAUGAGGAGAAUUACUCUGCAGCAUGCAAAGCGGUCCGGCAGGUUCUGCACCAGCUGAAGAGACUUGGGAUUGUGUGGCAGGAUGUCCUCCCGGUGAAUAUAUAUUGCAAGGCUAUAGGGACUUUACUCAAUACAGCAGUUUCCGAGAUCAUUGGCAGAAUCACUGCUCUCGAGGACAUCUCUACUGAAGAUGGUGAUAGAUUGUAUUCCUUAUGCAAAAUGGUGGUGGAUGAAGGGCCCCAAGUAUUUGCACCUCUCUCAGAAGAAAGCAAGAACAAGAAAUACCAAGAGGAGGUUCCGGUCUAUGUGCCCAAAUGGAUGCCGUUCAAAGAGUUGAUGAUGAUGUUACAAGCUAGCCUGCAAGAAAUUGGGGAUCGGUGGGCAGAUGGAAAAGGGCCCCUGGCAGCUGCAUUCUCUUCCACUGAAGUAAAAGCUUUAAUCCGUGCCUUGUUCCAGAACACAGAAAGAAGAGCAGCUGCCCUCGCUAAGAUUAAGUAGCUAUAUCCUCCCAGGAAAGCCAUGUCUUGACUAUUUGGAUUCCUCUCUUGGCAUACGUAAUCCUUUAAAGACUUCUGGGGAUCAUCCGUUAGUUUUGGUGAACCAAGUACACUGUGGAAGUCUGAUUUCACCUAAGACCGCCUUACCUCCUGGCUUGAAUGAGGCUCUGUUGAAGAACUGGAUGUUAAGAUGAGCUGUCAAGUGAAGCACCUCAACUGGUUGACUUCCUAGCCGUCCGCCCUUAAUAAGACACUGUAGGGCCGCACUGCUCCAUGUUGCUGCUGGGCCUUCUGGGGACUGUGUCCUUUGUGAAUGUAUGGCCUGGCCUCUGGUCAGGGAAUCCAGGGGAUUCUAAGGGUCAGGGCAAAGAACCUGUGAGCAAAUGCUAGAUGUAUUUUGGGGGACAGGGGAACUCUAUUUGUCCUUGUAGGAAUUGAGGAGACUUCCUUUAAUAUUUCUUUCCAAUAAAUAAUGCAUUUCAGAGUCAGGA